UCGCCGGCUUCAUGAAAUAUAUAAACAUUUUAUUUAUCCUGUACGGGAGGUGAGGUUUGCCAAAAACCACGUUACUAUGGAAUCCCACGUUUGCAGCCAAUAGAACAACAGAAUGCGUAAUGAAGAGAGGAGGGGUCUCCGCGCGUAAAUGCGCAGCCGAGCGUGAAAGAGCCGGAGGGACAAAGACACGCAGCAUGCAACAGGACUCCGAGAGCAGAAAACACACUCCAAAUAACAUGCAAACGCAGGAGGAUUCUUUCACACUUUCGGUGAACAGAUAAACACUUGAAAUGCGUAACCGGAUAGCAGCAGAUUGAACUGAUCACAUGGAUAACCGCUGAACUUUCCCUCUGAAAAGCCUCAUUGUGGAGUAAACGCAGACGCACCAUGUUAUGCGUUCACCUCGCAUUUCAAUUGAAGUGCACCAGAUCGAUGCAAGCAUGCACCUAAUCUGAGUUUGCAGCAGAAAUGGAGAGCCGCAUCGUUCCCGUGGCAUUUCUCUCGUUUGUGAUGAUGCUGGAGGCGCAGUUGGUUUGCUGGCAGGCGCUGAUGCGAUGUCACGAAGAACGCGACUGCGAGCUCGCCUACAGCCAGUACCUGAGCGCGUGCGACGGGAAUAUCCGCGGCGCCAGACGCCUGUGUCCGAGCCACUGCAUCAGCGCGCUCAUCCGCCUCAACCAGACCGCAAACGGCCCGUUUCUAGAGACCUGCGACUGCGGCAGCGACCCGGAGUGCCUGCGGGCCAAACGAGCCGUCGAGCCCUGUGUGCCGCGGACGCAUCCGGGUGAUGCCGGUGGGAUCGGUUGCAUGGAAGCUCGCCAGCGCUGCGAGGAUGAGCCCAGCUGUCAGUCAUCCCUCACCGCAUAUCUAUCCCACUGCGGACAGCUGUUCAACGGGAGGAAGUGUUCGUCUCGGUGCAGAGCCACCAUCGAGGAGCUGCUGUUCAUGCCGAACGGCGUGCUGCUGAACCAAUGCGUGUGUGACGGGCUGGAGAGGCCGUUUUGUGAGGUGGUCAAACAGAAUAUGGUCAAACUGUGUUCGACAGGAGACAACAGCGUCUCCAUGGACCACGACGGGACGGACGAUGCAUACGAGGACGAGGAUUAUGAGGUCAAACCGGAGAGCGAGGGGACCGAUUCUGAUGCAGUGCUGUCGGUGACUCGUUCUCAACAGACAGUCCUGCUGUGCAUUGCAUUCGCUCUGGCGUUCACACUUUAA